UUCCAUCUGUUAGAUUUACAGAUAUAUCUAUAGAGAUAGAGAGCCAUAAUAUACAUAUAUAUUUAGGCGUGAAAGAUGUGUUGGAAGACUUUACUACUCCUGCUGCUGUAUUAUGAUGCUCAAGCCACAGUGACUCCCAGGUGGAACAGAGCGCCGCUCUUCCCCGCCGCCAGCCGGCCCAAGCGAUCCUCGUCGGCCCCCGUGAACCCCGUGCUGCAGACCUCACUGGAGGAAGUGGACCUGCUCUACGAGUUUCUUUUAGCAGAGCUGGAGAUCGGCAAAGACCUGAGGAUCUCCAUCAAGGACGAGGAGCUCUCCUCCCUGCGCAAGGCGGCCGACUUCAGCGCCGUCUGCAACCACGUCAUCCCCAAGGGCAUCACGGACAUCCUGCGGCUGAGCGCCCGGCUCUCCCGAUACUCCGGCGUCCUCAGGAAGGAAGACUUUGAACGGACGGUGCUGACUUUGGCCUACGCGGCUUACCGCACCGCCAAAGCCCGCGGGCACCAGAAAGAUGUAUGGGCCCAUUCCCUCCUCGGCCUUUUCCAGGCCUUGAAGCAUGACUUGAUGUUAUCUCUCAGCUCCAGACCCUCUCACUGAAGGAUGCCCUCCCACCCCAGGAACUCAGCCAACCACUUUAAAUAAUAAUAAUAAUA